AUGGCCUCCUGGCCGGGGGGCAGCGCGGGCCCCGACCCGCUCAUGGUUCUGCUGGUCCUCAUCCUGCUGGUGCGCUUCAUUCUGUGGUCCUGCCUCAGCACCUACCUUGACUAUAGGCUGGCCCGGCGGCAGCCCCGAAAACCCAAGGAGGACUAG